AUGGCGCCACCCUCCCCCGCCCGUCCUUUGCCCAAGCUUUUUAACAGCCACGAUGGGAGCUCCGGCACAGGCACCCCCAUUGGCUUCCAGCGCUACCCUCACAACAAGCACCUCGAUCAUGUCGUCGGUGCGGCCUUGCGACAGCCCUCCCCCCAGCCGACACACCUGGGCAUUCCCGGUACUCCCGGCUCCCCGCACCGCGUUCUCUCUGAGGAGGACCCGGGCUACAUUGCCGCCACUUUUGAGGGCAAGCAGAAGCAGAUGGAGCAAGUGAUGGAUCAAUUGGAGGAAAAGGGCUUCUUCCCCAGUGAUUUCAUUGUCUCCGAAACGACCUGGUUCUACAACAUGCUCGGCAUCGAUGACACCUACUUCCAGACCGAGUCUGUGGAAAACAUUGUGACCCAGAUCCUCUCCCUCUACGCCGCCAAGGUCGCCGCCUAUGCGCGCGAUGACAAGCAGCUCGAGAUCCGCCUCGACAAAGAGGCGGAGGAUCACGCCGUUUAUAUCGACACCAGCCGCCCUGGCGUCUCAACCGUGGAUGGCCCCCGCUACGAACAGCGCAUCGAUGAGAAGUACAUCAACACCUCCAAGGGGCCCAACAGCUACCGUGUUGAAACCUUCCGCUCGCCCACUACCCUCCCCGGCGACAAUGGCCAGCAGCUCCGCUGCUACUUCGUGUAUAAGUGCCAGUUCGCCAACCCCACUCCGUCCCCCAAUGAGACCAACAUCGACAUCAUCGGUGAGAAGCGCUUCCUGCAAAAAGCCACUCCCAACACCAAGGCGAUCUACCAGGAGAUCAUCAGCACGGCGGUUGGUAGGCACGGCCCAGUGAUUGAGAUGUUCGAGAUCGAGGGCAGCCGCGAGAAGCGUCUGGUCAUUGCCUAUCGCCAGGGCUCUGCCAUGGGCCUGUUCAGCGCCCUCUCCGAUCUAUACCACUAUUACCGCCUGACCAGCUCCCGCAAGUACCUGGAGAACUUCUCCAACGGUAUCACCGUGAUCUCGUUGUACCUGCGCCCCUCGGCUUCGUCCGAGAUCUCCGCCAAGUACCCGCCCAUUGAGGCCGCCAUCCACCAGAUCAUGAAGGAGGCCUCGCUUCUGUACUGUAUUCCUCAGAACCGCUUCCAGGGCCACUUUGCGACUGGCCGGUUGAGUCUGCAGGAGACCAUCUAUGCUCACUGCGCUUGGGUCUUUGUGCAGCAGUUCUUGAACCGUCUGGGGUCCGAGUACACCUCGCUGGCGGCUCUGCUGGAUACUAACAACAGCGUUCACGCUGAGUUGCUGUCCAAGAUUAAGAAGCGUCUGCGCACAGAAACCUUCACUGCCGACUACAUCUUCGAGAUCAUCAACAACUACCCCGAACUGAUCCACAAGCUCUACCUGGAUUUCGCCAAUACCCACUAUGUACAGACCCAGGAGUCUGGGGACGACUUCCUGCCCACUCUCAGCUACCUGCGUCUCCAGGUCGACGAGGUGCUGGACGACAAGAAGCUGAAGCACCUGAUCCGCAACACGGCAGCGAAUGAGCAUGACGAGAUGGUCAUGACCUCCUUCCGUGUCUUCAAUGCCUCUGUCCUCAAGACCAACUUCUUCACCCCCACCAAGGUCGCCCUGAGCUUCCGCCUGAAGCCGGACUUCUUGCCCGAGCACGAGUACCCCCAGCCAUUGUACGGCAUGUUCCUCGUGAUCAGCUCCGAGUUCCGCGGCUUCCACCUGCGCUUCCGCGACAUUGCGCGCGGUGGCAUCCGUAUCGUCAAGAGCCGGAACAAGGAGGCAUACAGCAUCAACGCGCGCUCGCUGUUCGACGAAAACUACAACCUGGCCAACACCCAGCAACGCAAGAACAAGGAUAUCCCCGAAGGCGGUGCCAAGGGCGUUAUUCUGCUCGAUGUCAACCAUCAGGACAAGGCGCGGGUCGCCUUCGAGAAGUACAUCGACUCCAUCAUGGACCUGCUCCUGCCGCCCGUCAGCCCCGGUAUCAAGGACCCGAUCGUCGACCUGCACGGCAAGGACGAGAUCCUCUUCAUGGGCCCUGACGAGAACACUGCCGAGCUGGUCGACUGGGCGACCGAGCACGCGCGCGCCCGCGGCGCCCCCUGGUGGAAGUCCUUCUUCACCGGCAAGAGUCCCAAGCUGGGCGGUAUCCCGCACGACACGUACGGCAUGACCACGCUGUCUGUGCGCGAGUACGUGCUUGGCAUCUACCGCAAGCUGAACAUCGACCCGUCGACCAUGCACAAGCUGCAAACCGGCGGGCCGGACGGUGACCUCGGCUCGAACGAGAUCCUGCUGUCGAACGAAACGUACGCGGGCAUCGUCGACGGGUCCGGCGUCAUUGUCGACCCGAACGGCCUCGACCAUGCCGAACUGAUCCGCCUCGCCAAGAAGCGCGUCAUGAUCUCCGAAUUCGACCUGUCCAAGCUCUCACCCCAGGGCUACCGCGUCCUCGUGGACGAGAAGAACGUCAAGCUGCCCUCGGGCGAGCUCGUCCACAACGGCAUGAUCUUCCGCAACACAUUCCACCUGCGGCACACGGCGAACGAGAAGUUCGACGUCUUCGUGCCCUGCGGCGGCCGCCCGGAGUCGAUCGACCUCUCCACCGUCAGCAAGCUCAUCCAGGACAACAAGUGCGUGGUCCCGUACAUCGUCGAGGGCGCGAACCUCUUCAUUACGCAGGACAGCAAGCUGCGCCUCGAGAAGGCCGGCUGCAUCCUGUUCAAGGACGCGUCCGCCAACAAGGGCGGCGUGACGAGUUCCUCGCUGGAGGUGCUGGCCUCGCUGUCCUUCAACGACGAGGAGUUCGUGGCGAACAUGUGCGUUGGCGAGGACGGCACCGUGCCCGAGUUCUACCAGGCGUAUGUGAAGCAGGUGCAGGAGGUGAUCAAGGAGAAUGCCCGGCUCGAGUUCGAGGCCAUCUGGCGCGAGCAUGAGCAGACGGGCGUGCUGCGCAGCGUGCUGAGUGAUCGGCUCAGUGUGGCGAUUACCCAGCUCGACGAGGAGCUGCAGCAGACCGAGCUGUGGGACAAUGUUCCCCUGCGCCGGUCCGUGCUGGGCGACGCGCUGCCGAAGCUGUUGCUGGAUAAGAUUGGGCUGGAGACGAUUUUGGAGCGGGUGCCUGAGAACUAUCUCCGCGCGAUCUUCGGCAGCCACCUGGCCAGCCGGUUCGUGUACCAGUACGGCAACCGGCCGAGCCAGUUCUCCUUCUUUGACUUCAUGACCAAGCGCAUCGCAAAACUCCAGUCCUCGUAG